AACAACUUACAACCGCCCCACCCUCACCUCAAACUCCCAGAAUACCACCGGACAAAAUCUCCCAAAAUGGCCGAUAAGCUGCGCACGCUCCAGAACCUCGAGGCCAUGCAGGCGCGGUACGUGGGUACGGGCCACGCGGACACGACCAAGUACGAAUGGACGUCGAACAUCAUCCGCGACAGCUACGCUUCGUACAUUGGGCAUCCGCCGAUGUUGUCAUACAUGGCUGUUGGUAUGGGGGAACCGAAGGAGAAGGUGCGGGCGAUGUUUAUUGAGAAGAUGGUGAGGGGGGCUGGGAAUCCGCCUGAGACGCAGGAGUGA